AUGAACCGUCUUAGCGUGGCUCUCCUGAAGCGCUCGAACCGCGCCUACAGCUCUCUGACGCUGACGACGCAGUGGGAGCCGCUCCGCGCCAAGCUCGCGGACCCGCGCGCCCGUGCGUCGCUCGACUCGCUCAAGCAGGCGCAUGCGGCCAUCAUGGCCGAGGCUCGUGAGUUUGCCGGCGAGCCGGAGAAGAUCAACUUCGCACAUUACAAGGCCUUGAUCAAGAACAAGGACCUCGUCGAGGCGCUUGAGGAGAACUACGCCAGCAUUGUCUUCCCCGACAUCAAGCCUGUUGACUGCUACACGGCCGGCAGCUCGCUCGAGGCCGACUUGAAGCCGACGUACGAGCGCCUCGACGCCGAGAUUGUCGACUCGGUCGAGCGCAUUGAGGAGCUCAAGGAACUCAUUGCGUUGAUGGAAGAGACGCGCACGACCAAGGCCACGACGAUCGAUGAGGUCGCCGCCAUGCACCCGGAGAUCGUGGACGAAAUCGAUGAAGAAAUCGCCAACUACGACUGGGAGAAGGACGUCCCGCAGUAA